UGUUAUCAUAACUCUUGGUUUAAUUGAUUAAUUAAGAUUGAAUCAAUUGAUCUCCUGGCAGAAAUUGGAACAUUUUCUUCCUACAUAACUGAGGACAUUAUCAAAUAUUUGUGAGGUUGUACACUUACACUAUAAGAAGAGCUAGUUGGUGGACAAGUGCAUUAGAAAGGACACAGUGAAUAAACACCUACACAAUGGCGGAGAGUAUUGCUAUAGGAUUUGAUAGGAACUAUCCACAGUCAUUGCAUGGAAUCCUGAAAAUUGUAGAAGUUGUUGUUGACUUAGUAGCGUUCAUCUGCGCGUGCUGGUUCCCAUAUUGGAGUGGCCAUGGUGGAGCUUGGGUCCAGUUUGUCACCAUCUCCGCAUUUAUCACGACUCUCAUCUUGCUGGUACUACAUCUGUUCAGGAUCAUCUACAAGCUGCCCGGACCAUGGGGUCUCAUUACCCUCAUCUACCUAGCAGUAUACGCCGUCAUGAUGUUGAUUGCUGGAAUUGUAUGUGUUGCAAGGGCCAAAUGGCAUGACUCCAUCGGCGCUGCUGCCUUCUUCACGUUUGCAGCCACAGCCUUGUAUGUGGUUGACGCAUUCUUCCAGUUCCGCACCUGGAGGGGAGGAGCGACGUCUCACACGCAGUCUAGUGAGACGCACACGACCACAACAACAACAACGGAGACGAACUACGAGACCAAGGCCCAGUACUAGUGCGGCAGCUGUUCUUAGAUAUAAAAUGCCAUAAGCAUGGGAUAGUCCAGUUGUUCAGACCUUGUGGAAGUUCUUCAGUUAUGUUUGGCUUUAAUGAUAGACAUUUAUCUAGUUGGAAAUUGAAAGGAAAUGAACAUGUAGCUUGUUUACGUUAUUCGACUUUUACCUUUUAAUUUAUUGGUGUUAAUUGGUACAUAUUGGAUACAUUAGGGUUUUUUGCAUUUACAUAUUUUGCUUGAUAACUUAGAUUUUUAGCUGUUUUUUUAUCAUUUCACAAAGAAAAGAAAAGGGUUUUAACAAAUAGAUCUUCUUUUGUAGAAAACAAAUAUCAAUUAAGGAUGGCAAUAAGAUGAACUUAAGAUAAACUUUAAAUAUAGCUAAUCUCUACAUGAAUUUAUCAUUACGACAGUUCAUCUAAGACAUGAAAUACCGUAUUAGUUUUCGGAAAAAGCUCACACUUUGAAGUAAAAAUCUUUUAGUCACCAAUGGUUAUAACUCCAAGCCGUUAAUAUCAUUGGAGCACCAAAGCAUUUGAAAUGUAUUACUUUUUAUCUUAUGCAGUUUGAUAAGCAGUGUGAAAAAUAUGACAUUAAGAUUCUGACAGAGACUAAAACAUUUUUAUGUUCUUUAGCCUUAUUUAGUUCAUGAGCGUUUUGUUAAGCCCUUUCAAAGAAAAAGAAUAUUUGAAAUUAAAUUAUAUCUGAGAUUUAUUACACAUGUGAUAUACAUUUCCUCUGCGAAAAAUGAACAUUUUAACAUUAGAGAUUUUCAAAAGUGUUUUGAAGGUACAAUUGAUUGUCUGCUUAAGCCACUCGUUUAUUGCAUAUAUGAAAGGGGCUUUGUUCUCGACUGGAUUUAUUUUCGCAGACAAAGUCUCAUAUACUUUGUAUUUAGCUUUCUGUAUACAAAAAAAAUGCUUUUCUUUAAAGCUGCACUCUCACAGAUUCAAUGUUCUAACAUAUGGUAAAAACAAUGGGCGUAAAUAAGCUGUGAGGGUUUGAGCUUUUAAUAAUAUUAUAGUAUUUGUUAGCGAAGUUUGUAUCAAAGAAUGUAUUCCGAUUGUUAGUUGUGACAAUAGGCUUAAAUUGUAUCUAGUAUAAACUGUAUCCAAUUCAGAGUACUGUUGUAAAAUGGGGUAUUGUAUAGGUGUAUUGAAUUAUAAGAAUAUUGUUGUAAGUUUAUGGUUCACCACACCAUAUUUGCUUUUUUUAAGGAACAAAACUAUAUUGAGUCUUCUUUACCCAUGAACAAUCUAAUCAUUAUAAAACACCCAAAAAAAUUGAAACAUCAAUAAUUUUUUGUGACUUAAUUUGUUAAACAACCUUUUUUAUAAGAAGUUCAGGAAAGUACAGUGCAGCAUGUGGUUUGUUUGAAAAGUCCGGCCUUUUUCUGCCCAUUUUGGAAAAGACCCUAGAUAUUUUGGGAAAAUUUGCGUCGCAAAAUAUGCCAUUAGGGACAAAAAAUAAUUGUUUUAAAUAAAAAAUUAGCAAAUUUUACAAUUAAAAGAACAAGCUUUUCCGAUUCCUGCAAAUGAGGAAAUUAUUAAAAUAUAUGUUUCUUUCCUCUUUCAAAAGACCUGAAAUGGCUGAAAUAUCAAUCUGUGUGAGUAUAAAUAUCUAUUGCAAUAAAUCAUGACUGUUAAUAUUGCAUACUGAUCUCUGAAUGAGAUGAAAAACGAUUUCUGACUUCAAUAAUACCCAAAACUUUCACAUCACACAUAAGGAUGUUGAAUGAACCUUUAGAGGUCAAAAGAUUUUCAAAAAUAAAUCUAAUGUUUUUUUAUUAUUUUUUUUUACUUUUGAUUGUUGUUUUUUUCUCCAGAUUGGGAAAAUAUCAUAUAUAUUUUGCUCGGGGAAUGGGUCUGGAAGUCAGACCCGUGGGAACUUUAGAAAAAGGCCUGGAAGUUUUUUUUAAUAAGAUUGAACAAUGUGAUCAUUUUACCCUUCUGUUGAUCGGUGGCCAUAUUUUGUUAUUCUCUUGUAACCAAACUAGGCCUGUAUUAUCAACGAGCGUACGACAUAAUUAUCGUAACAUCAAUUUAGAGAAGCUUUAAUAUUUAGUCCGUUUUGUGAUUUAAAGGUUUGAAUGCCAGAUAAACAACACUACAUACAUAUGUUUGAAACAAUAUGUCACAUUGAAUGAUUUUGUGAUUAGUUUAAUAUCAUUUGAAAAAAAUAUCAUGAAAAUCUAAGUUUUACGAUCAUAUGUUGUAAGGACGUUGAUAAAGUGGCCCUGUAAUUAAUACUACCAUUUUAUUUGUUUGUUAUUUGUAUUUAUAUAUAUAUAUAUACCUAUCUCUAUUUAUAUAUAUUUGAAAAAUUCAUACUGAUAUCUUAUUUUAUUGUAUUAGGUUGCUUGAACGAAAAAUCUCAGUGAUGGAAAACUCUAUCAUUCUUUUCUUUUAUCUGUCAAAUGAAUUCUACUGGCCUAUUUAUGUCAUAGGUACAUUUUCUCCAUUUUGCUAUGGUUGUUUUUCAAGUUUAAUUGGUUUCUGCAUUAUUUCUCUGCCAAUAUAAAUAUUAUUGAUUAAGAUGCCUGGAGAUGCUUUGUAUGUUAGUCAAGCUAUUGAAAAAAUCUUAAAUACCAGUGUUUGCAACCUUGGAAAUUUGCAUCAUUAUAGUGAUGUUGAUGAUGUUUUUUAGGAUAUAAUACUAACUUCUUUUUGAAAUUGCUAAUACAUUUUAUCAUCAUUUGAAGAUCUGAAGGAAUGCCCCUUUAUGUGGUUUUGUUUUUAUACUUGGCUUACAAGAAUCUCUCAGAACUCAAGUUUUAUCAAGGUGCUUAAUAUGUCAAAAGAACACUUAUAUGCAACAUAUUUUCUUCUUUUGCAGUACAAUAUGUGGUCAUUACUCAUAAAGAAAUCCUUGUUAACGCUUCAUAUUUUUUUUCUACAUGUAACCGUGUGCUAUUAAACGUAAGAUGCCUUAUAGAAAAUCUGUCCAUGCCUAUAUAUUUUUAUCUAUAUUUUAACCUUUCCUGCACCAGGAAGGCACACUUGACCAAUAAAGCACACUUUCACCAAGUAGGCACACUUGCACUGAUUCAGCUUUAAGACCAUUAAAUAGCGAAUGCAUGAACUUUUCAAUCCCAAACAAUUGAAAACUUGUUCAAUCCAUUUUUGUUUUUAUAUGGGAGAUUACUUCCUUUGUUUUUGUUUUAUUUUCAUAAACCACUUUUGCAACACAUUUCUUUUUAAUGAAAAUGGCUUAUCAACAAUAAUAGAAAUGGCAUUUUGUUAAAUGAUGUCAUUGGUGAUGAAACGAGAAAAACCUGUCCUUUAUAAAUGGACAUAUAUAUGUGAGUCCAUAAAAUGAGAAUUUUUUGUACUACUUGAAACCAGUGUUUUGAAUCUAUAUGACACAAAUUUUCUUUCUGGCUGAGUAGUUGCCACAAUGCAUUUAAGCUGUGGAAACAUUUUCUUUCACCAAAGAACAUACGCAUGCUACAGCUUGUUUUCUUGACUGAUUUAUGAAGGAUUUGCAUCCUAAAAUUGACUUUCCAUUUGACCUUCAUUAUAAUACAUCAGUUAAUAUAAUAUUUUAUUUUGUUUAUUGAUACUUCUUUUAGCUCUAGAUCUGAUUUCCUUGUACAAUUGUUUGUGUAAAAUAAAUGUACAUUAAAAUGUUUUAUUUGAAGUUUUGAAAUCUCAGAGUUUAUUUAUCCGUUAAUAAUAUAAAUCUCUUAUGCACACGAAUUUAAACCUCUGUCAAAUUAUUGUGUAAUCACUAUAUUAAAUUCCUACAUCACGGCUGUGUAUUAAAUGUAUGUGGUUAUAUAUUUAUUAUGAUGUUUACUGUAUACAUUUAUUCAACUUGUAUAUUAUUAAUAUUUUAUUAGCUAGUCAAAUCUUUGAAUACACUUUAAUAAUAUAGAUUGUUUAAAUUUCUUGAGGCUUUAACAAAACCAACAAAUUUAAAAAUUAUAACAGUCUGCAGUAUUGUCUAAGCCUAGUUAUAAAAACAUUAGUGUCUGAACUUUUUUACGCAUGCUACUUCACCUUUAUAAAGAUGAUACUCGUGCACAGUUUUUUUAACGUUGGUAUGUUUUUUAUUGUUGCUAAUGAACAUAAAUAAAAGAAGUUCAGUUUUAUGAAUUCAAUGUCCUGAAAAACAAACUGAACAUGUUAUAACAAUCAACAAAUAUUGACAUUAAGAAUACUGUUAAAAUACCGGGCAUUAGUCGAAAAGUGUGACCUAUUUUAGCCUGUAUGCUGUUGUGGUUUUUUUACUGCUUUUGGAAUAUAUGCCUUCACUUUCAAAUAAAUAUGCAAAUUGACAUUCCAGUUGUAAUACAAACUUAUUGCUCACACUAGACAAAUUUCAAUAGUAAUGCAGAUUUUUUACAGAAACAUUUCAUUUACACAUUAUGUCAGCAAGCUUAAACUAUUUCAAUACAAGCCUUUCCCAGUGUUUGGAGAAUAAUAUAUUGAUAUGCUAUUUUUACCAGAUAUUUCUUGCAAGGUGAUAGUCCAUGACUGUUUAAAUUGUGUAACAAAAUAUUAAUUUACAUUUUUACAACACGCUUAAAACAGUUAAUAUUAUUCAGUAUCUUUAUUCUUACUGCUGGGGCUUGGACCUGUUCUUAAUAUUUUCUAUUGUUCACUAACUGAAUUCAUUUGAGAGUUGAUAAAUAUUUUAAAAUAAGAUCUUUUUUGAUAGAUUUGGAAGUCAUUGACUGAUCCUACACUCUUCUCUAUUACCAUCUCGUUGAAAUGUUCUUUGGCGAUUUGUGUCAGCUAUUUAUUGAGUGUAAAUGUUGAAUAUUUAUUUAUUCCUUGUAUGUAUGUAUAUAUAUGGGUCAUUGUAGAUUCUUUCAUGUUUGCAUGAACUUAAUACACUAAUAAAUGUCAGUAGUU